CAGGGGAGGCGGCCCUGCGCAGAUGGCGGCAGAAACUGGAGUGGCGCAUCCGCAAGCUGAACGUGGGGAUUGCCAACCGCCCCCAGCAAAGACCCUUCCCUGGAGCCUUCGGAGGGCUCAGGCCCUGGCGACACUGCGAGGUGGCCCUCCGGCCUCCAGCCCUGAGGGCGUGCACUUCUGUCAUUGGGAGCCACCCCCGCCCCCGAGCGCCUGAGGACUGACACUCGGUGAGUCCGGGGCGGACCUCGGCUGCUCAGAGGAAGCCCUCUGUCCUGCCCGCCCCCCGUCGAGUGUGGCUGCCAGCUCAUCUGCCACUGCGCUUCCCUGGGGCUGAAGGACAGGCCGCGCUGAGGUGUAGGUGCCCUGGACGGUCCCCUUCCAGGUCCCCUGUAUCGUGUGACCUAACUAAAAGCCUGCAAUGUCUCCCGGAGGGCAGCACCUGAGGGUCCUCCUCGGGCGUCCAGUCUGCAGCGUGGGCCUGGGGGAGGGGGCCCGAGUGGGUGAAAUCCAUUCCCGGGCCCUCGUCCAGUGCCCGUGAGGCGAGGCAGCAGAGUGCGGGCAGUGGGGGUGCGGCUUGGUGCUGGGGAGGUUUUCUGGGGACCCAGAAGCCCUGAGCCCAUUGGCCAGGCUUCCUGGGAGACCGGGAGUGGAUUUGCAUCAAAAAGAACACUGGCUUCAUUGAAAUUCUCCUCCUCGUGAGUGGAACAAAACCACCAAGGAAAGGAAAGUUUUCAUUCUGAGCAACUGCACCACUGAGGAGCGUUGUGAGCUUCUAAAAAUAGAGAGGAAGCGGCUCUGCGGUAGCCUCUCCCCCUGCCUGGAGCCUGCCCCUGCUGCCCACUCGAGGCCGGCCUCGCACAGCGCGAGACCGAGCCCUCUCUGGCAGGUUCCCGAGGCGGACGGCACACAGUUGUUGGGCUGCAUGCAGCCACCCCCCAAGAACCCCAGCAUGCCAGAUAGCAGAGAGGUCCUGCAGGACGGCCAGCCGGACACGAGUCUGGGGACCACCCAGGAAAACUUGGGGACCGGGUUCUUAAGCAGACUGCCACCAGGUGGGCCCAGGUGUAUUUGCAAAUUUAGUUUGAACCCGUGGUACCUGCAAGGAGGGAGGCCGACUCUCAGAAGCAGCUCUCUGACUGGUGGGCACACACUCUCCAAAGAGCCCCUAAGCCACGCUCUCGACUUCCCGUCCCCAGAGAAGGCAAAGGAUGCUCCACCCAGCUCUCCAGAGGAGACGCUGUGGACCACCCGGGCAGACGGGCGGGUCCGCCUGCGCAUUGACCCUGGCUGCCCUCAGGCCUCCCAAACCGUGCACCAGAUGUUCCUCCAGGCCAGGGACAAGUACGGGCACCUCCGUGCUCUGGGCUUCAAGCGCCGGGGCUCGUGGGAGCACAUCACGUACUCCCAGUACUACCUGCUGGCCCGAAAGGCCGCCAGAGGCUUCCUGAAGCUCGGCCUGGAGCCGGCGCACAGUGUGGCCAUCCUCGGUUUCAACUCCCUCGAGUGGUUCCUCUCGGCAGUGGGCACUGUGUUUGCAGGAGGCAUCGUCACCGGCAUCUACACGACCAGCUCCCCUGAGGCCUGCCAGUACAUUGCCCUCGACUGCCGCGCCAAUGUCAUCGUGGUCGACACGCAGAAGCAGCUGGAGAAGAUCUUGAAGAUCCGGACAAGCCUGCCCCACCUGAAGGCAGUAGUGACCUACCGAGAACCCCCUGCGGAGAAGGUGGCCGGCGUGUACACGAUGGAGGAGCUCAUGGAGCUGGGGGAGCAGGUGCCCGAGGAGGACCUGGACGCCGUCAUCAACGCCCAGCAGCCCAGCCAGUGCUGCGUGCUCAUCUACACGUCCGGCACCACCGGCAGCCCCAAGGGCGUGAUGCUGAGUCAGGACAACAUCACGUGGACAGCACGGUACGGCAGCCAGGCCGGAGGCAUCCAGCCAUCAGCGGUGCAGCCGGAGGUGGUGGUCAGCUACCUGCCCCUCAGCCACAUCGCCGCCCAGAUCUACGACCUGUGGACGGGCCCCCAGUGGGGGGCCCAGGUCUGCUUUGCCGAGCCCGACGCCCUACAGGGGAGCCUGGUGGACUCGCUGCGGGAGGUGGAGCCCACGUCGCACAUGGGGGUGCCUCGGGUGUGGGAGAAGACCAUGGAGCGCAUCCAGGAGGCGGUGGCUCAGUCUGGCUUCAUCCGGCGCAAGAUGCUCCUGUGGGCAAUGUCAGUGAUGUUGGAGCAGAACCUCACCUGCCCGGGCAGCGACCUGAAGCCCUUCACAGCCAGACUGGCAGAUUACCUGGUGCUGGCCAAGGUCCGCCAGGCGCUGGGCUUAGCCAAGUGUCAGAAGUGCUUCUACGGAGCCGCCCCGAUGACUAUAGAGACACAGCACUUCUUCCUGGGCCUCGACAUCCGCCUGUACUCGUGCUACGGCCUCAGUGAGACCUCGGGCCCCCACUUCAUAUCCAGCCCCUGCAACUACCGGAUGGGCAGCUCCGGCAAGGUGCUGCCCGGCUGCCGGGUGAAGGUCGUGAACCGGGACGCGGACGGCACCGGCGAGAUCUGCGUGUGGGGCCGCAACGUCUUCAUGGGCUACCUGAACAUGGAGGACAGGACGCGCGAGGCCAUCGACGCCGACGGCUGGCUGCACACCGGCGACCUCGGCCGCCUGGACGCUGACGGCUUCCUCUACAUCACAGGACGACUGAAAGAGCUCAUCAUCACGGCCGGCGGGGAGAACGUGCCCCCGGUGCCCAUCGAGGAGGCUGUGAAGGCUGAGCUGCCCAUCGUCAGCAGUGCCAUGCUGAUCGGGGACCAGAGGAAGUUCCUGUCCAUGCUGCUCACCUUGAAGUGCGCUCUGGACCCGGACACCUCUGACCCGACCGACCAGCUGACCGAGCAAGCCGUGGAGUUCUGCCAGCGCGUGGGCAGCCAUGCCACCACGGUGUCCGAGAUCGUGGAGAGCCAGGACAAGGCCGUGUACCGGGCCAUCGAAGAGGGCAUCCAGAGGGUGAACGGCCGGGCGGCCGCCCGCCCCUACCACAUCCACAAGUGGGCCAUUCUCGAGAGGGACUUCUCCAUCUCGGGCGGAGAGCUGGGUCCCACGAUGAAGCUGAAGCGGCUCACGGUUCUGGAGAAGUAUAAAGACAUCAUCGAUUCCUUCUACCAAGAGCAAAAUAAGUAACGGGAGGGCCUCCUCCUCCCUCCGGAAGCCUACGGGCCUCUGGAGGGACCUGGUGCACGUCCUCUUCAGGACGGGUGCAGGGACUUCCGGCAGGCCUGUUGGGUCUCGGGCCAGGUGUGGCCCGGCGCCUGCGUGUGCCAGGUCUCACGCCAACAGCGGCCAGCGACUCCGAGCAGCUUCACGUGCACGUAGUUUCAGUGCCGCUUUUUGUUCAGGGGACAGGAGACCAGCUCGGCUUCCAGAACUGAAGGGCUGACACUUCACGGCUUUAGUUCCAGGUAGAAUUUAUGGGCCGGGAGCUCACUGAGCAGCGCGCCAGCGGCUGGCUGUGUGGAGGGAGGGGAAGUCGGCUCGUGUUACUGCAGGUGCCACCGGGACAGUGGCUGUCACUCACUCACUCUGGAACGUGCCGGACGGGCCACCGGCCAGUCCACACCCAGGCUGUCCCCAACACGCGCCUACUGACCUGCUGCUCCGUAGGACAGCUGCUGCCGGCUUGUAUUUAACGCGUGAUCUGGAUAUUAAACUUUUUAACGACCGUCAACCAGUACGUGACUUUUCUUGUCGGUUGAGCAGGCAGGA